GUUAUAAGUAUGAAAGGAACUGAGCGCACGUUUUUUUCAUGACAACAUCACAAACAUGGGUGAGGUGCGAGCGUGUCUUUAUUUUUCUGUGAUUCUCCUGUGCUUCCAAAUUUCUGUAUCCAAGCCCUUCUUCGGCACCAGAUUUUGGUGUGAAGUUUUCUGCGAAGACGACGAUGUCUCAGCUUCAACCACCACCACGGUCAGUUCCGGAGACUACUUGGAUGAUUUCUGUGCCGACUGUCCUCCAACUCGACGACCCAGACCUCCGACUACAAGGAUGCCACCAAUGCCUGCUAAUGUAUGGAUGCCAGGUGCUCCAGGAAUGCCGCCAGGUGGUCCAGGAAAUCAGGGACCUGUUAAUUAUUUCGUGAUUCCUCCUCAAAGCGGCGCAAACUUCAGCAUGGCGCCUAAUGGAGGCAACGGUUGGUGGAACAUGGUCUUUUCGCCUUACAACCCUGCAGGUCCUGCAGGGCCUCCUAGCGCUACUCCAGCCCCGGCCCCAGCAGCAACGACAGCGGCAGCAGGAGCUACUCCCGAGGCCACCACUGCUGCGGCUACUACUGCCGCCCCAGCUGCCAGAAAGUGAUUUAAACUAAUUGAGAUUGUGCCUUUCUUAGCUCAUAAGAUUUGCUUCAGUCAUUACGAUGAUUGAAGAUUAUUCGUUGUUUGUUAUCAUUGAAGUUUUGAGUUUUUCUGUGUUGUUGGGGAUGUGAAAUUGUUUUGAUAAAACUAAUACAGCAAUACCAAAGUAGCAGAAAUUAAACAAAAUGAACAAAUAUUUUACAAGACUCACGUGAUCGUGUCGUGUGAUGACUCUAAAAUAUAAUUGGUAAUUAUUAAUCCGUAAUAGGCUUGCUAUUAUAGCUUUAGUUAAAUUCAACUAUUAUGCAUCAUAAUAGCAAGUUGCUUAAACUUUAUCGAUGAUUUCACAGCUCCUUACAGAACUCUCAAAAAUUCAUAAAAUUUUCGAAUCGGGGUGAUGAUGUUACCAUAGAAUAAUUUAUGUUUGUUAAAGUAGAUAUUAUAAAUUUAGCAUGUAGUUGUAACAGUAUUUUCAAAUUUUAAGUAAAAAACCUAAAAAUAUUUUUAUUUUGUGCUUGCUCGAGACAUUUUGUGUACAACAUUUUAUUUGUCCUUCCUUGAUGAUACCGAUUCCAGAUAAAAGUUAGUAUAAGAAAUCUUUCACAAAAUUAGAGAUAACAAAUCUGUACAUUUUUUUUUUCAAUUAAAUAAAGUACUUAUUGAAAUUA